UGCAACAGUAUGAACAACGACGAAUUGGAACGGAUUCUUUCCUUAGAAGAGUCUGCACUUAAUAGAACUGCUGAGAUAGAACGUGUCCUCAAUUGUAAUGAAUUCGACUACUUUGAUAUUCUUCAGUUGAACCCGUUGAGUACAGCUGAUGAUCUUGGUCUGAUUAUCAAGCGAGUCUAUCGUAAGAAAUCAUUGCUUAUACAUCCAGAUAAGACUGAUCAUCCUCGUGCAUCUGAUGCAUUUGAUAGAUUAAAAAAAGCAGAGAAGGUGCUUUCUUGUGCUAAUGAACAAGAGGAGGAGUUCAAGGAAAAGAAUCGAUUGAUUGCAAUCUAUCACAGUGUGACUAGCGAAGGAAAAGACUAUGAUUUAGACAAAGUCAAGAAACAAGUGGCGGAGAUCUUGCAGGAUGAAAUCAACGAACAGGAGUUGCAAGUAUUAUAUCAACAAACUGCAAAGCAAAGAAAACAUGAACAGGAGCAGAAAUUAAGACAAGAACGGGAAUUGAAGAAACAAUUGGAAAGCAAAUGGGAAGACGAACGUGACGUUCGUGUCAAGAACUGGAGAGACUACUCGUUCAAGAUCGACAAGAAGAAAAAGAAAAAGACUGGAAAGCCAAAGGUUCUCGUAUGACAGACAUUUAACAAUUAUGUCUGAUUACAUUUUGUCUGACAACCACUAGAAAAAAAAAUCAAUACUGAAAAUUUUGUAUACAACGAUCAUGUAACUCCCCCAAUGACUUCCAAUUCAAACUUGCAAAUCUUGUCCGUGGGUAUUGUCUCAUUUCUUACCGGUUACUAUGUAAGCCAAUACUUGAAAUGCUCUAAUAGACGCAAACUCAAACAGAAGAAACCACCGAUUGCUCCAGGAUCAUCCUCAUCAGACGCCUCCACUGAGUCAUCUUACGAAUCUGAUUCCGAUGAGUCAGACGACGGAAUCGACGUGGAUUCCACUGAUUUAAACACUGUCCCAGGCGAAGUCCGCAUGACUCUCAUAGUCCGUCAAGAUCUUAAAAUGGGUAAAGGUAAAGCUGCUGCCCAAUGUCUGCAUGCCACUCUUGCGCUUUACAAGAAAAUCACAAAUCCAAAUUCUCCAGCAUAUAACCCAGAAAUGGUUAGACGAUGGGAAUAUGGCAAUGGACAGGCUAAAAUCACAUUGCAAGUUCCUGACCAAGAAGGAAUGGAUAUGUUGUAUGCUCAAGCUAUAAGCCUCGGUAUCAAUGCUUAUAUUGUUCACGAUGCCGGGAGAACACAAAUUGCUGCCGGAAGUGCUACGGUAUUAGGGUUGGGACCUGCACCAAAACUGAUUAUAGAUCAAAUUACUCUGGAAUUGAAAUUGUAUUAAAAAAUUAUAGAUUUUAAUAUAUACACACUUCAUUUUUUUU